AUGGAGGGUCAAGGCGAGUCGAGUUCCGCGCUGUGGAUCCCCAAUCGUUACUAUGGACCUCCUCUGAGCUUCGACUUUCGGAUGCCGGGGAAACUCCGCCGAAGUGGAGCAGUGUAUCUGUCCGUGAUGGUGACGUACAUCGAACAGGACGAGCCUCAAAGGGUGUCGUUUUUGCCAAUAAGGUUUCUGUCUCUCCUGUCAUCACUCGACGACACGGGUUCAGCGCCUCAACAGUCCGCGUCAACUAUCCCAGAGGAUGAUGAGCGGUCGGCCUACAUCCUUCCGUGGCAAGCCCUGAAAAACCAUAUCUUUUUGCCCCCUGGGUACAUGGGAGAGGGCCGUUGGGUGCGCUCCGAAGGGCUGACUCCCAUGACAAAGUUGGGGAGCGCAUACGGGGUACCCAGUAAUGUCCUUCAGCCUGGCCAGCGAGUCACAUUGGCUUGUGUUGCACCCAGAGACCCCGUGCUGCUGCUACCUCCGCUUGAUGACGUGCCAAGGAUCCUGCAGGUCUCCAAACGACUCAGCCGGGGGCGUGGUGCAGCUGCUACGCGAGUCCGGGCGACUGCAGCAAAUAAAGGACAUCAGAAUCAUUUGCCUCGUUACGAACCAGGAAUCGGGUUUCCAGCGAUAGAUCGCAUCCUGAAUAGCAGAUCAGCCCCACGAUAUGGAAUCGCAGCCGCCUCAACAGGGAUCACGGCAGACCCGGGGGAUGCUCAGGGCAACAGCGACGAAAACGAAACUGAGGUUAAUGCUCCCCCACAAGCCGAACUUGAAGAUUUGACAGCUAAAAUGGCUUCCAUUUUUCUAGCCGAAGAGGAUGGUUUAGGGUUUUCACUGCCCGUUCCGGUCCUUGUGGAUGACAUUUUCUUUAUGUUCAUCGAACCUAAUGGGGACUCGUCACCACGACUAAUCGCUGAUUUGCACGUACGUCCGUGUGUGGAGCCCAUUCAUCCCCCAUUGUUACACGAGGCAGAGGAUGUCCCAGUGGAGCCGAAGCAGGGCACUGGAGGAAGGAGAGGCUUCUUCAGGUGGUUAUUCGGCAAGGGAGAAACUACAGAAAUUAAGGAGAGCCGCAGCGACAUGGUGCGCCGCUGCAAGCUUAAGCGGGUAACAGUAGUUGAAAUCAAAGGCACCGAGGCUUUGAUGUCUCCCAAGCAUCUGAAGAUGGCAUUGCUUCAAAUAAGGAGUCGUCUGCUGACAGACACAGACUGCGUCAUUUCCACUGUUCCACGUGCACCGCCAAGGCGUGGCGCGGCAAGAGCUGGUAUCAGACAGCAGGUGACUGUUCAACUGGUGUGUCCAUCGGUCGAGGAGAUUUCAAUAGUAAUAAGAGAAAAAGAAAAUGCUGACAAGGCUUACAAGCUGUUCAAGCGCCGGCGAGUUGCGCAACUGGAGGCGACUGUCAGUGGCGCGAUUUUGGGAAUGCUUACAACUUACGCGGGGUUUCGAGGUUUUACCAAAGAUCCACAGAGGACUAAGGAGUUCUUUGGUGAUGUGAUCGGAGAGCAACACGCUGAGCAGAGCAACCCGGAGACGUUUUUCCCAUCAGAAAAUGAUCUUUAUCAUCUGAUGGGAGUCAAAAAUAUUCCGCGAAUUGUAGCGUUUCGUAAGAAGGACCGGCGGAUAGGCAAUAGUGGCUUGGCAGUCAACAUCGGCUUGAGCGUGAUGACACUCGCUGUGGUCGCCACGGCUACGCUCCUUGGCAUGAAAAUGGCGCGAGGCUCAUGGCACAUACUUAGGAACCGGAUGCGGAUGUCGAAACUAAGGAAAGAGCUCGAGAGACCUCUAAUAGGGGCGCACGAUUCUGAUGCGCCACGAGAAACAGGAGGGGAGCAGGAGUGCGCAACGAAGGACGUUAUCUUUCUACAGCUGUUGUAUUAG